AUGGAGACUCUCGUGGCAUUAUACGCUCAGAACCCGAAUGUCCCACACAACAGCGAAGUGCCCGCAAUCAUCAGCCUGAAUGCCGCCUUCCUCGCCGUUACAACCUCGAUCAUCGCACUGAGGGUAGUCGUUCGAACAUUCAUUGUCAAGCAUGUGGCUCUGGAGGACUGGUUGAUGGUGGCUGCUGGAGUAUUUGGAGCAACCUUUUCAGCAUUAAACAUAGCCGCCGCACAUUAUGGCCUUGGCCGGCACGUAUACGACCUCGACCUCAGCAACCUCAUUCCCAACGUCAAGAAGAUCAUCCAGACACUAUGGGUGUGUCAGAUACUCUACACAACGUCGCUCGCUCUCGUCAAGCUCAGCAUCGUGGCUUCAUUCCAUCGCAUCUUCCCAACCCGCGCUGUCCGCUGGACUCUAUACACACUCGCUGGCUUCAUCACCGCCGUUUGGGUCGUGGGUAUCUUCGCCACCAUUUUCCAGUGCACCCCAAUCUACGCGGCAUGGGACUUCGAGGCCGCUACGGCCCCAGGAGCGCACUGUCUACCCAUCAUGAAAGUGUACUACUUCACUACCGCCUUCAGCAUACUUACCGACUUGAUGCUCUGUGUGCUGCCGCUCCCACUCUUCUGGCAGCUGAAGUUGCCUGUUAGGGAGAAGAUGAUCGUUUCUGGACUCUUUGCAUUCGGUCUUGUUGCUGCAGUCGCAAGCAUUAUGCGCAUCACAACUUUGCAGGGAGUUCAGAAUGUCGACUUCUCUAUCGGCGCCGUCCCGACUCUGAAUUGGUCGGCCGUUGAACUUGGCACGGGCAUCAUCUGUGCGUGCAUACCAUGCUUGAAGCCGCUGUUCAAAAAGCUACUGCCAGGCAGGUUCUUUUCGACAGCAGGAGGCAGGAGGGGCGGAACCGGCAGAACUGCAAGUAGAGCAAGGAGCGAGGCAGCCAGCAGGAGGCAGAGCAGGCGGGUCAGUGUGAGACCUCAGGACACGGAGAUGAUGCAUGUCAGAACGCAAGACUUUGUCGGAAAGGUGCCACUAUCGCACGUCGUCCAACAGAUGGUCGAUAGAGACAGGAUUGGCGUUGCUAGUAGUGGGGAAGAGAAGACUUCGAUGCACAAAGCCAGAAUCGAGAGUCGGGAAUUUGUAUAA